CAAUCAAAACCGAGAACCCAACUUUUUACGUCGCUUCCCAGGAAAACAAUUUAGUGAAGUUUGGAAGGAAACCGAAUCGGACAUCUACAGUCAUAUCAAUAAACUGAACUGUAACAAUGGCAUUGCCGAAAUGGGAGAGAAAGACGCGGGUAUUUCUCUGCGUGUUCGGUUUGUUCUUGUCUGUUUAUGCGCUUCACGUCGAGCUGUCCCGAGAAAGUAACCCAGAUUACAGAGCGAUGUGCGACCUGGGGGAGUCGGUGAGCUGCUCCAAGGUUUUCACCUCCAGAUGGGGACGUGGCUUUGGUUUGGUCCAGUUUUUUGUUGCCGCAGAUAACCCUCUGAACCAGCCCAACAGUGUGCUUGGCAUCAUAUUUUACACUCUGCAGAUGGGCCUGGGUCUGUCUCUGUCCAAAAAAGCAGCAAUGUUGUUGGUCUUCUUCUCCUGGGUGUCUGUGGCCGGCUCACUCUACCUUGCAUCUAUUCUCGCCUUUGUUCUGGGGGAUUUCUGCAUGGUCUGUGUGUCAACAUAUAUUGUCAACUUUGCGUUGCUCUUCACCAACAUCAAACGUAGAAGAGCGUUUGAAGGAGUGAAGGAAAAGGCUGGAUAAAAAGGGACACUUGUGAAAUUCUACACCUGAAGCCUCACUGGAUCUGAAAGCACGUUGUCUUCCACAGUUCUUCUGCAUGCUGUUCAGACCUUGCAGAGAAACAGGACUGGAUAUGCAUCAAUGAAAAUGUACAUGAUGAUCUUUAGUACAGAAACCUGUAAGAGCUGCUGUCAUUUUUGUAUAAGAAUGUGCAUUUGUGAUGGUGAAUACACAUCUUUGAACACUAACUCUUGUCUCAUGUGAUUAAGGCCUGGCUUGUGAAGAAAUGUAAGAUCCUAAAAAUGGGAAUACAUGAAUCCACAUUUUAAAAUACUAGGUGGUAAAACAAUGAAGAGACAUGCAGUUACUCAGUGUACCCAGGAGAUAGAGCCAAAAAGCACGAGAUAAUCAGGGUGAAUGUAGAGGUAAAGUGUUAUUUUGAAACCACAGUAUUCACAUGGUUAAACAAACAUGUAAUGUGAUAUGGUCUUCAGAAAUAAAAUGGCUAACUGCUUGCUUACCAGGUA